AUGGAAGCACGCUUAGAUGCACGCUUGGAUGCUAAAUUUGAUCAAUUACUUGCAAAGUUAUUGCCUCCCAACGCUUCUCCUGCCAACCCUGCUACUCCUGAUGAUUCUGAUUCUCCUGCUAAUCGUGUUGUACCUAAGUUAGCUGAACCUCAGAAGCGAAAUGUAAUAAAGCCAGACUAUUACAGUGAAGCCAACGGAAAUUCUGAAAUUGACUUGGAUACUGCUUCGAACGUUUCCGCUCCGUCCGUCAAAAACACAAAUAUUCCUGUGAGAAGGGCGCAACAGUCGAAUGACUUACUUCCUGAAAAAUGGUUAUGUGACAUCAACAGACACAACAAGCCCAACAGAAAUGAAUCCAACUUCAGCGAUUGCAUCAUUUACAUUGACUACAUUAUCUCUGAAAUGAAUGCGUAUGUAUUGACGGACGAACAACGUGACCAAUGGUGGAAACUCACAUUGUUGUAUUUACCAGAAGACAUAGUUGCCGAAUAUCCGAAGGGUGCAACGACAACGGCAGACCAGAAGAAUCUUAAGGAAUAUUUACACGAACAAAGGAAACGCAAGCUUGACACUUCUACCUCAUCGAUGGAAAUUUUGCGAACUCGCUUAAAUGAUGACACAUACGUACGGCGCAUCAAAGACGAAGUUGACAAGAUACUUAAAAAGGCUGAUCAACAUCCGUGGGACACUACUGUACAGUUAUUACAGAGUCUUUUUCCACCGUCCUACGACCUUAGAGGUGAACCAGUCUCUGGGAGAAUCAACCUUGCCGCUCUCAACUACAAUCGCAACGCUCAUAAAACAUCUAUUGGCAAUGUCAAACUCGCCUACAUUAAGAUUAUUGAUGACGCUGUUGCUGAGCAGAAGGAACUUGAACGCGUAAUGUCACGCAACAAUUACAACACGAGUGGCCGAAACUACUCCCAACGUACUGAGUCAUCAACACUGGGAACCCAGAGUUCGCAAACUACUGCUCUCUCGCGUUACAAACCACAGCAGCCUAACAAGCCGUUGAUCAAGCCCGUGCGUGCCACACACGAUAUAUCUCGUAACGAAAGCGACAUGCUUGAUGGCUACGAAUACGUCGAGCCCGACCCGGAAACGGAGCAAUAUGCACUACCUAAUCAGGGCUAUUCGGCGUAG